AGAGAACUUAGGCCUUGGUGAAGGAGAGGGAAGGACAGGGGUUCCCAGCUCACCGUUCAGCAAUGGCUCUGCCUCUGAGGUCCCUGAGUAGGGGCUUAGCCAGCACAGCCAAGGGAGACCACGGAGGGGCGGGAGCGCGCACCUGGCGCAUCCUGACCUUCGUGCUGGCGCUCCCGAGCGUGGCCCUCUGCACCGUCAACUCCUGGCUCCACUCGGGCCACCACGAGCGCCCCGAAUUCAUCCCCUACCACCACCUGCGCAUCCGCACCAAGCCCUACUGCUGGGGGGACGGCAACCACACUCUUUUCCACAAUCCCCGCGUCAACCCUCUGCCCACGGGCUACGAAGACUGAGUCUCCCAGCCAGCCACCGCCAGCGAAAUAAACAGGCGGAAGUCCUGGAA